GCCGUUCCUCUCGCCACUUUCUCAUCCAGUCCCUUGGCCUCCUCCUGACUGGGUCCGACUCCGCUGGAGGCUGUGAUCCAUGGAACCUAGUGAAGCGCCUGCUGACCACCACUGCCCCUCAGACUCUGCCCCAGAGGGUGAGACCAGAGCCCCGCAGGAUGCAGAGCUUGUCCCCAAGAGAACUGUCAGUCGCUCUCCAACCUGUGCCCGCUGCCGCAACCACGGCGUCACUGCCCACCUCAAGGGCCACAAGCGCCUCUGCCUCUUUCAGGCUUGCGAGUGUCCUAAAUGUGUCCUCAUCCUGGAGCGCCGAAGGGUCAUGGCUGCCCAGGUGGCCUUGCGUAGGCAGCAGGAGGCGCAGCUAAAGAGGCACCUGGCUCAAGGACUGAUAAGGAAAGGGGAAGUCCCUCCCAAAGCUCCCAGCCGUGUCAAGAAGGGGGGAGCCACUCGACCAGGGGUGCCUUCUGGAAAGGAGAACAUAGCACUUCAGCCACAGGGCCCCCGUGGGGCAGUCCCGCUGGCACUGACACCUCCUGGGAAGAACUCUCGAGGGCCUCUGCUGCUCAGCCGUCCCCCAGAAAUCUUGCCUUUGCCCUGGACUCCAGUACCUCCAGGCCCUUGGACCCCUGGACACUGGCUGCAUCCAGGCCUCUCCAUGCCACCUCCAGUGGUUUGCCGUUUGCUAUGCCAAGAACCUGCUGUUCCUCUGCAUCCCUUCUCUGGCUUUGACCCUGGCACCUCCUUCCGGCUGCCCACUCAUGGGCCCCUCACCACCUGCCCAGGAUCUCGCCCAGUAUUGACAGCUCCUCUUUCUGGAGAGCCUCAAGGGCCCCCUAGCCUGCCCCGCACAUGUUCAACUCUGAUACUCCAGUCCUGUAGCACCCCGGACCCUCUUCUGCUGCAGCCACAGGUCCCCGGAGCCUCUCGCCUGGCCUGGACAUCUGCCCCCUCAGAACGGCAGCUGCAGCAGGAGGCAGCUGAGGCCCUCAUGGGACUGAAAGAUUCAUCCCAGGCCCCCCGCCUGACCCCUUCUGUCCCCCCAAACCCUGCCUGGAUCUCCCUGCUUCACCCCUGUGGCCCACCAGUUCCUGCUGGAGGAAGAGGAUUCCAGCCUGUUGGCCCCUCUCUUCGACCCAGCCCAACCCCCUCCGUUGCUCUGCAUAUUGGACACCUGGGGUCCAUCUCCCUCCUGAGCUAGAAGCCUAGAGAUGGAGGCUGCCUCACUGUGACAGGGAGGUGAUAGCCUGCAAGCACUGCAUAUUCAGUGUUUCCCUUAUGGAUUUAUGCAUGGAAUUUAAUGUAGUACAAGCUUCAGCCUUUUUUUUUAAGCUUCCAGGCACUUCAUUAUCUUUCAGUUCCUUCUGUAGUGUGGGCAUUUCCUUGGCUGAAAGUGGAUAUUCUUCUACCCCUUCUUGGGUCCUAGGUCUUUUUAAAAUCCCCAAGAAUGAGAGAGUUGUGCAGUUACACUGAUCGUUAUCUAUAUAUGUUUUUGCAUGAGUAUGUGUCCCAAGGUUCCAUGACUCUGUACAUGCCUGUGCACUCAUGUCUGUCUCCAUGCAUGUGAAAACAGGAGAGUAUUUUCAUUUUGUGUCUAGGUUUGUGUGAGUAAGCAAGAAAUAAACCUUUGUUGUUUUA